GAGUAAAAAGUUUACAUUUGUACACAUGAUGUUUCACAACUUUUGCAUCUACGAAUUAUAAAUUGCUGAUUUUGCAAAUUUUUGGAAAACAAAAUUAAUUUCUAAAGGGUAAAAAUUCGCUAUGGAAGAGCUCCUCGCCAGGGUGGACUAUUUGGAAAAUAUCGUUUCAAAAUUGGCGAAAUGGACACACUUUUCGGAAAUUGUCAGCUUUGAAUAUCAUACGGAGGACCCCCUUUCCCUUGACGUUGAAUGCGAACGAAUUAUUCCAAAAUGUUCCAAGUCUCGGCGACGUGGCCGAGUGUCCACAAUUCCACGACAAGAAGCAGGAUCUUGUCCUUCAGACGACACCUUUAUCAAGACAGAGGUCGACACGGACCAAGAAAUGCAAAUUAGUGACCCCGACUAUGUCAUAUUUCCUGAAACAGAGGAUCCAGAUUAUUUCCCUCCGUCAGCGGCGUCGUCGUCGUCCAGCAAUCAUCAACGAGAUGAAAGCAAUGUCACCAACGACUUUGACUCGAACCCUUGCGACACAGAUGACAACACACCUUUUACUUGCACUAAAUGCGAAAAUGUCGUCCCUACUAAUCCUGACGAAGAACCUACCGUGAAACGAAGAAAGAUACCAGACCCCUCCAAGUGGAAAAGCGUAAUUAACAAAACCAAACGCAUGACUGGCGAGACGUAUUUCGGAUUUAAGCACGUCAAAAUUGGAGAAUCCAUCAAACAGGAACACAUUCCAAAGCCGGAAAAGAAAUUAGGAAAUGCGUGUGGUUCUGCGCGAUGUGCUGAAGUAAAAACUCGUCAUUGCAACGAAUUUCCGGAGAAUUGCAGACAAAAAAUCUUUCACGAAUUCUGGAAACAUAUGAACUGGGCGGAGAAGAAGAUAUAUGCCGUGUCACUGAUUGACGUUGUGCCAUGUAAAAAAGACCCGAGUGAAGAGUCUCGGAGGGAAGAAACGUACAUUUAUUAUUUGAAAUUACGCGACAGGAGGUUGGCCGUGUGUCGAACAAUGUUCCUCAAUACGCUUGGCGUUGGACGACGCCAGGUUGUGGGAUGGGUGAAAUCCAGCUUAUCAGGAGCUCCAGUCACUAAUAAACGUUCUGCCAAAGUAAAAAAUAGUAGUGAAUCGAAGUAAAAUUUUGCUUUAUGCAUUUAGUUAAGUUUUACUGGAUAUUUACUAACGUUUUUUGCAACAUUUUGUAUUAUUCUUCUACAUAUAUAUGUAGGUAUGUAUAUGUAUUUAAAAAAUCACGAUUCUUGGUGCACAUGUAAUACGUUAAUAUAUAUGUUUGCGUGAAUUACAAAAUUUCGAAAUAUGAAAUUUAUUAUCAAAUGAAAACAUUGAAUAAAUAUUUACGUGAAUUAA